AUGCCUGCUGUUCGCAAUCCAUUCCAUGAGCAUUCUCCAAGGAGUAGCAGUGGUGGUGGUGGCCACAAUCACCGAGAAUCUGGAGGAUUGAUGACAUCGUUUCGCAAGGCCGUGGUAUAUGGUGGUGCUGCCUUUAUGAUGAUGAAUCUGUUCAUCAUGUUUGAACUUCAUGUCCCCUCGACAGACACGAAAACAGGUAAUGCAGCUGGCACUACUGUGGGAGCUGCCACAAACCAAUUUCCGUCUCAAGUGAGAAAAGCACGAGAACAACAACAACAGCAACAUCACCAUCCCAGCAGUACCAACACUCAAUGUUCCUUUCGACAAUAUCCUCCCCGUCGGUAUUACGGACUACAAAAAAUGGAACAACCCGAUUUCUUGACUGCCGUGGAUUAUGUCUAUGGCGAAUACCCAAUCAUGCUGCAACCAGAUACCAAUGUCAUCAAUACGCAAGAACAAGGCAAACUCUGCGUCGAUCAAAGCGAAUGGCUAUCUCCGGAAAAAAACAAUCCGGCCAAGGAACUGCCAUUUGCCGAUGGGACCAAUCCAUCCAUCUUGUCGUUGGAUCGACUCGAACAAAGCUAUCCCGACUUGGUGACCCAAUGGAGACAGCUGGGGGCCUCCUUUAUCGCCACCAUUUGCAUGACCGAUUCCCAAUGUUCCUACCAAGAUACCAAGGCCGAAAUACAACAAUACAAACUCAGUCACGAUGACAAGGCCACCGUCGUACAGACACUAUUGCUGCUCCUCGAUGAUCACUUUCAGACACUCCAACAAGCCACCAUUUACAUUGAACGAGAUGCUCCCUGGGGACGCAAAUUCCCAAAGCCAAAACCCAACGCCAAUGGUGUAGGAUUUGAAGUCAUGACACGAGCACUCGACGAUGCCCGAUUGUUCAUUCAUCUUAACAAACUGUGGGUCAGUUACCGGGAAGGACCCAAUUUUGGAUACGAAAAACAAGUCUUGAAUGAAAUCCACAUGGCCAUGACGGCGGCGGGAGGACAAUUGACGGCGACCUUGAAAGCAUCCGAAUCGGCAUCCUUUUGUUGUGGACGCAACAUGGCACUUAUGGAACAUCUCGACGAUCCCACACAAUUGCAAUCACUGACGUGGGCCGAUCCCGUUACGGUCAUUGAUGUAGACGAUGGACGCAAACAAACAGCACCGAAACAACGACAAUUGGCCGAAAGCAAGAAAAAGAAAAAGAGUCACUUUCACGGGACCAACGCGUUCAUGGUGUACUUGCCCAAGACACAAGAAUUUCUCGGUAUUGGACACUUUCAUCGACCAUCGGGACGGGAUGCCUUUAACCCGUAUGCAAGGUUUGGACAUCAUUACACGCACACCUUUUUUACCAUUUCCAGCAAACCACCCUUUCGACUCCUCCGACUCAGUGCCGAGUUUGUCCUGCCGUCCAAAUCCAAAAUAUUGGGCAGUGAUGAUGCGGAUAUCAUUCAAUUCUUGUCGGGGUUGGAAGUUAUUACCACCACUACUGCAAGCGGCGCGAAAAAGGAUUAUGCCGUCAUUGCCUAUGGGAUUAAUGAUUGCGAAGGUGCUGCCGUCUAUUUGUCCAUGAACAAGGUGAAUCAACUGUUGCGACCAGUGCCAGAAGGAAAGGAAGUCGUGGAUCUGAUGGAACCAUUGAAACAACCACGUGGCAAGACAGGGUAG